AUACCAAACCCAAGAAACCUCUCUAAACUUUUCCUACUAAAAUUCUGUCUCAUAAUCUCAUACCUUAUCCAAAGUAUAGCAUUUCCUAGCUCUCGGGUUUUUUUUUACUGAUGUUUUCUUGAUUUUAGUUAAUAUUAUUUUUAUUUCGAAAGAUGGAUUUUCACAGCAUGAAAAGGAAGGAACUUCAAGAGCUGUGCAAGAACCAUGGCGUUCCUGCGAAUUUAUCGAAUGUCGAAAUGGCCAACAGGCUUUCUUCCAUUUUUAAGGGAAGUGAAAAAGAAAAGCCCAUGAUUCGUGGGCGGUCGUGUUUGAAGGCGGUGGAUGAUGGUGAGUGUGAAAAUGAUUCGGAUGGUGUAGAUAGGAAGGCCAAGAAAGUUAGGUUUAGCCCUGAAAAUGAGCUGAUUGAGUUCACUAAAUCAAUUGCAAAAAGGGGGUGUAGGAGGAAAUCGAGGAUGGGCAAUUCUUGCUUGAUUCUUGAGAAUGCCUGUAGUGUUGAGCUAAACCGAAGAGCAGCAAAGAGAAGCCCGGUUAGAGUCACCCGGUCACGGGGACUAUCAAUUUUGGAUGGUGGGGAUGCUGAGAAGAAGGUAACCAAAAGGGGGUCGAAUGGUAACGGUAGAGUAGAGAAAUUAUCUUCUGAUAAUGAAGUUAGAGUAGCCACAAGGAGAGCAUUGAGGAAUAGAGAGAUGCAAGAUGAAGGGUCGAGAGAAAGGCAACAAAACCCGGGUAGUGCCAAAGGGAUUGAGGAUGUUUCGGAGAGUAAACAGAUUGGCGAGGAACCUCAAGGUGCAUUUAGGCGAUCUAAGAGGAAUGCAGCUAAGAAGGAUAAUGAAGAUGUUGGUAAAAAUGAAAACAAUAAUGGGGGAAGGUUGGAUAGAAAGCAGGCACUUUUAGAAGUUGAAGCUUCAGAAUUGGAGAUAACAGUGGAAGGGAAAAAAGAAAGAGAGGAUGAUAAUGCAGGGUUGAGAAGAAGUGGAAGACAGAGUAAGCAAGGUCCAUUAGGCAGUCAUGAAGUUCUUCAAAGUCAAGAUGUUUUGGAGGAACCCAAAAAGGAGCUGAGGAGAUCAAAGAGGAAUGUUACACUUGCCAAAGACACAGUAAUGUUUGAUGAGAACAAAAACUCUGGGAAGGUAAGGUUGGGAAGAAAUCAGAUUAAAUUGGAAGCGAAAACUUGUAAACGGGAGGCUGCUGGAGUCAAGAUUGCUGAAGAUAGUUUUGCUUCUUCUAAUGCUAGUAAUGGCGAAAACAGAGCUUGCACAAAGAGAUUGUUGAGGAACAAAAAGGUUGCAGUUAGUGAGGACAUUGAUGAAGGAUUGAAGAAAAUGGGAGGACAAACAAGUAUGAGAAAUGAGAAAUCUGGUGAGGAAGGUCCUCAAAACAAACAGAUUGAAGAGGAACUAAACAAGGGACUGAGGAGAUCAAAGCGUACUGCAGCCAAAAUGGAUGAAUCACAGUAUCCAUACCAGGGAAUUGGUAAAGGCAAAAUGGUUAGAAAGGAGCAGAAAACCAGAAGUCAGUUUGCCAAGAGUGUGGAAGCAUCUAUACUUGAGGCUAUGCCUGCAACUGAAAUUGCAGCUUUGGAAAAAAAUGAAGUUGGUAAAGAACCAGCAAAAGCUACAAUUGGAAGUAGCCCACAAAACUCUAUGAUGCCUUUGCUUGAGAAAGCUGCCAAAGAGACAGAAGCUUCCUCAUUUGGUGCUAUGUCUGAAACUGAAACUGCAGAUGAGAAUAGAUUAGAAGUGCUUAUUCAAGUUGAAGAACCAAGAAGUAUUUCACCUAAAAGUUCUUCAUUUAACACUCGGUUUGAAACUGAAAGUGCAGCUGAGACUAGAUUAGAAGUGGUUAAUCAAGUUGGAGAAGGAACAAGUGCUUCACCUAGAAGAGCUACUGGACAAAAAUCCCGGACAACCUUUGGAAAUUUUCAUCAAAAUAUGAACCAAAAUUUAUCAAGUCAUUCAACUUCGAAUGCCAGUCUUGAGGUGGAGGUCAUUAAAGAUGAUGAGAUGUCUGAAGCUGAUGGGCUGAAGCAUAAAACUGUUAUGUUUUACUGCAAUUCAUCCAUUGAUGGACAAGUUGAUUCUAGCAAAACUGUUGCAAGCAGGGAAUUAAGCAACGACUCAAGCAAAUCAUUUGAUGAACACGAAGGAACAGUGGCAGAAGAGAUGAGGACAUCUAGAAGGAAUGCUUCUGAUGAAACUGGGAGAAUUCACAAUGCUACUGUGGAUGCUGCAGUGGAAAAAGAAUCAUGUAAUAAGAAGAGCACACCUGCUGAAACUUCUUCCCAACAGUUAAGGGUUGAUGCUACUAGAGAUGAUAAAAUUGUACAACCAGUUGGUGAAGACAGAGAUUCUGGAAACAAAAAUAUGGCAUUGGGAGUUUCCAUAGCUGAGGACUUAACAAAGAUUAAUGAGCAAUGCACCCAUGUUGCUCUGUUGUCUGGGACAACAGAUACAGAAACCACAAAAGAACCAGCUAGUACUGAGCCCCUUAUGGAUGAAUCUUGCUUGGAAGGAAAUGAAUCUGAAGAGACAAGACAUACAAAAAAUCAAGUUUCUCCUAACAAUGUUGGUGACAGAAUAGGAGAAGUGGGGGAAUUAAAAAUUCCUCAAUUGGUUAGUGGAGUUGAGUAUUCACGUUCUGACCUUGUUGACUUACACACUAAUACUGAAGUCCAAAUAGUGGAUAUUCCAGUGACUGAGUCAAAGGGCUUUGCUGAAAUGGUGAAAAUUUCAAUGGAGGUGAAUGUAGAGAAUUCAUUGGAUGACUUAGAAGUUGCUAAUUUGGCUGAGCAAGAACCAUCUGAAGACUUUAAUGUUGACUUAGAUAGUGCUUCCAUUGAGGCCAACUCCACAAUCGAUUGCUAUAGAUCCAAUGGUCAAUUGUACUUGACAGCUGGUGUAAAAGAGAUGCAGAAAGAGGAGUUGACAGAGAUUGGCUAUGCUGAAUCUGUAGGCAAAGAAGAUGAAAUUGCAGGAGAAAAUGAAAUGGUUGUAAUAGCUGAGCCACUGAACAUAGCUAAUGAAAAAAGUCCAGAAACCCAAGUUUCCUUAGCAGAAGACAGAAUGAGUAAUGGGGAGAAGAAAUCACUACAGAUUGGGGACUGCACUCAAGUUGCUGUAUUGUCUUGUGUAGAAGUUACAGAUAUCCUCAAUGAACCAAUGAAUUCUGGAAGCUUCAUUGAUGAUACUAUUAUGAGUAGCAAAAAAUUUGAAGAGUCAGCUAAGCAAACCAGGCAAAGGUCCUCCCCCAAAGUUGGCAAUAUAAAAAAAAUGGAAGAAGUGAAUAGCCCUCAAUUGGAGAAUGCAGUUAAGGAGUCAUUCUCUGAACUUCUUAAUUCUCACACUGAUCAUGUGGAGCAAGAGAAAGUUCUUGUAGAUGAAAUAAAAGACUUCUCUGAUAAAGUUAACAUUUCAUUGGAAAAGAAUGCUGAGAAAUCACUGGGUGGCUUAGUAGGUUAUAAUCUUGUUCACUGUAAAACAUAUGAAGGCAUAGAUGUUGAUAGAGAAAAAGAGAAGGAAGAAGUGAAUAGCCCUCAAUUGGAGAAUGCAGUUAAGGAGUCAUUCUCUGAACUUGUUACUUCUCACACUGAUCAUGUGGAGCAAGAAAAAGUUCUUGUAGAUGAAAUAAAAGACAUCUCUGAUAAAGUCAACAUUUCAUUGGAAGAGAACACUGAUAAGUCACUGGGUGGCAUAGUAGGUUAUAAUGUGUUUCACUGUGAAACAUAUGAUGGCGUAAAUGUUGACAGAGAAGAAGAGAUUGAAGAAGUAAAUAGUCCUCAAUUGGAUAAUGCAGUUAACGAGUCAUUCUCUGAACUUGUUACUUCUCACACUGAUCAUGUGGAGCAAGAGAAAGUUCUUGUAGAUGAAAUAAAAGACUUCUCUGAUAAAGUUAACAUUUCAUUGGAAGAGAAUGUUGAGAAACCACUGGGUGGCUUAGUAGGUCAUAAUCUUGGUCUCUGUAAAACAUAUGAUGGCAUAAAUGUUGAUAGAGAAAAAGAGAUGGAAGAAGUGAAUGGCCCUCAAUUGGAGAAUGCAGUUAAGGAAUCAUUCUCUAAACUUGUUACUUCUGACAAUGAUCAUGAGGAGCAAGAAAAAGUUCUUGUAAAUGAAAUAAAAGACUUCUCUGAUAAAGUCAACAUUUCAUUGGAAGAGAAUGCUGAGAAGCCACUGGGUGGCUUAGUAGUUCAUUGUCUUGGUCUCUGUAAAACAUAUGAUGGCAUAAAUAUUGAUAGAGAAAAAGAGAUGAAUGAAGUGAAUAGCCUUCAGUUGGAGAGUGCAGCUAAGGAGUCAUUCACUGAACUUGUUACUUCUCACACUGAUCGUGUGGAGCAAGAAAAAGUUCAUGUAGAUGAAAUAAAAGGCUUCUCUGAUAAAAUUAAAUUUUCAUUGGAAGAGAAUGCUGAAAAGCCACUGGGUGGUUUAGUAGAUCAUAAUCUUGGUCUCUGUAAAACAUAUGGUGGUGUAAAUGUUGACAGAGAAAAAGAGAUGGAAGAAGUGAAUAGCCCUCAAUUGGAGAAUGCAGUUAUGGAAUCAUUCUCUAAACUUGUUACUUCUGACAAUGAUCAUGAGGAUCAAGAAAAAGUUCUUGUAGAUGAAAUAAAAGACUUCUCUGAUACAGUCAACAUUUCAUUGGAAGAGAAUGCUGAGAAGUCACUGGGUGGCUUAGUUGGUUAUAAUCCUGUUCACAGUAUAACAUAUGAUGGCAUAAAUGUUGAUAAAGAUACUGUUCCUUAUGAGAUCAUCUCCCCAACUAAGGCCUAUGGAUGUAUUGAUCAAUCAGAUUUGACAGCGGAUACAGAGGAGAAGCAGACUGAGGAAGUGGCAGAGCUUCAAUAUGCAUGUUCAUUGAGCAAAGGCAUAGGCUCUACCUUUCAAUUGGUUGAACAUGCUGUUAGAGGUGAACUUUCAGGUGAAAAGAAGCUGGCUGUAAAUGCAGCAGACAGUGUCAAUAGCUUUGCCACCAUGAAAGUGUCCAAUGAUGUUCUACAGGACACCCUAGAUGAUAGACCUGGAGAGAACCUUGAAGAUGGAUGCCAAAGAUUUGAAAAAGCUGGUUUUGUUGAUUCAAGUGAAAAGCAUAAAUGUGAUGCUUCCAUACUAGAGCUUCAUGCAGGAAAUGCAGAGAACAUAGUUGCAGAACCUGCUAGUACUGCGGAUUGGAAGAAAGCAUUGCAACUUGGGGAACAAUCAAGCAAGCUUAGAAACAGUAUUGAGUUUGUCUUUGUUGAAGGAGAAGAAAUACUUAAAGAUGGAGACUUGGAGGAUCAGGGCAUUCAGGUGGAUGCCCCUGAUAAUGAUGGUAAACCUUCAGUAUCUGAUGCAACUGAAAGGAGAAGUGAGACUAGCCUACAAGAAGCUGGAGGCAGCAAUGCUGAAGGUUCUGUUAAUAAUGUUGAACAUGAGCAUUUUCCUCCUUCAGAGUCUAAUCUGCAGAAGCAUGGAGAAUUUGCAAAUGAUGCAGGGACUGAAAUAAAUAAUCAAAGAACCCAUUCCAAUGGUCUAGAAACAGGAAGAGCCCUAUGUGAAUGUGAAGAUGGAUCUGAUGUUAUGGAAUCUGAAGAACAACUGGGAUUGCUGUUCUCCACACCCAUCAAAGAUGGAAGCACUUGCGAAGAGAAUGCCAAUGCCUGCUACAUGGAUAGCAACAAAACAUCAGGUCAAUUCACAGAUGCUUCCAUUGCAGGUAACGAACUCAGAAAGUUGUUUACAACCUGUGGUGAUGUUUCAUGCCCCAAUGGAAAUGAUAAGUGCAGAGAUCAAAGCGCCAACACCAAUGGCUUAGAAAGUCAUAGAUGCCUCUCUGAUUGUGAAUGUGGAUCUGAUAGCACUGAACAAGGUUAUCAACUCAGAUUAUUGUUUUCUACACCAACCAGCAUUAAAAGCACUUCUCAAAAUGACAGUACACAUGGCUUAGAAAUGGACAGAGUCCUCUGUGAAUGUAUAGAAAAAUUUGAUGCUCUGGAACAAGAUGAUCAACUUAGACUGCUGUUUUCCACACCCAAAAGUGUUAGAGGUACAGAUGAAGAGAAUGCCAAGGACUUCUACAUGGAUAAAAUGAUUGAGGCAUCCUAUGCAGAACGACCCGAUUCUGGUGCCGAGUUUUCUCCUUCAAGCAAUCUGAAAUUGAACUUAUAUUUUGGAGGGAAUAUGGAAGAAAAAGCCCAACAAUCACAUGUGGAAAAUAUAUGUACUAGUUCCAAAUGCAACUACAUUAAGAAGGAUGACAUAAAAGGGUGCCCAACAGCUAUGGUUGACAAUGACCAAAUAAUAGCAAACAGCUAUCUCUUAUUUGAUUCUCCAUCUAAACUUCACGCCAUCACGGACGAAAGAAAUGACCUUGAUUCCAAAUCCAACGAACGCUCAGAACCAGGUCUGAAACCAACACUCCAAUCUAGUGCAGAAAUUGAUUCAGAUGGUGAUAAAGAUGAUUUAGGACUUGUUGAAAAGAAUGGCUCAAGAGAAGAACAAACUGCAAAUAGCCUCUUCUUCUCCGGGGACGGGGAGUUAAACUCCCUGCUGAGAAAGAGUGAUACAAGAAGCAUUUUGAUACAUGCAACACCCUACAAAAAACCCAUUAGAGUGGACAUGAAAGAGAAUGCUCCAGCUCUCAAGGGGGGGCUCAUUGGCACUUUAACAGCAGCCAGACCAGAAAAUCCGCGUCGACCCUUGAAGGAUUUGCAGUGGAAUGAUGGAAAAAAUUGAUACAUAUGCUAAUAUUUUGAAAUAUAAAGUAUUUAGCAGUGCUUUUAUAUUUUGUUUAUUGUGUGUAUCCAAGCCAAUUUAUCUUUGUAUGGUGUGCAAGCAUAUCUCAUGCUAAUUGUGUGGAAGUGUACUCAAUAUUUCUAAUGGUUUGUGAUCUGACAGAUACUUAAGCAGUGUUUUUUUAUCUUUGUGUUGAAGAUUCAAGAUUUUCUGCAGAAUGCAUAUAAUUGAGUGAAA